AUGGCCUACUACGACUCUUCAUAUUCUGGAUCUGAUUAUGGUGAGUACAAUUCCAACUCUUAUCCUGUCAAUUAUGAUUAUAAUCAAGUUCCAUCUUUUAUGACUUACAAUAGCUAUGACUACAAUCAACCAAAUUAUGGGUAUGAUUCAAGUUCAUAUUUUUCUGAUCCUAGUUAUUCAGAUCAUAGUUAUAAUAAUAACCACCAAACCAUAGCAUAUUCCACCACAUGUUUUAGUGACCCUAAAUAUCUUGUGUAUGAUCCCAAUUAUGGUAUGACUCAGCUUGUUCUAUCUUAUUCUACCUUGGAAUUCAAUGAACCUGCUUUUGAUGAAUAUGAUCCAACACCUUAUGGUGGUGGCUAUGACAUUGUUGAAACCUAUGGCAAGCCUCAACCACCUUCGGAUAAAAUCUGCUAUCCGAAGGUGAUUUUGGCUCCAAAUCCAACUCCAAUUCCGGUUCCGGUUCAUGUUCCGGUUCCUUCGGAGGAUGCAAAAAUUGAAGAGAAAGUAAUCAAGCCACAAAAUGAAACCAUAGAUCAAAUUGCUGUAGAAAAGCCAAAGUCUGAAGAUAGUACUAUAAAAGAAACUAUUGAGGUAAAUGAAGGUGAAGAAUCUGAAGAUAGUGACUAUAGUGAGGAAAAUGAUGCUGAAGAGGAUGAUGAUGAUAACAACAAUUCAGGAUCUAGUUAUGAGAAGGAAGUGACUCCUCCUCAAUAUCCUAGUGGAUAUGGAUUAGAAACUGUGGAUAUAUGUGAAAGCUUGUUUGGUUAUUGGCCAUGUUUGGCAAAAAUGAAGAGAGAAAGUUGUUGUAAUGGAUCAAUUCAUAGAGAGAAUAAUUGUCAGGAGAAUAUGUGGAAAGGAACUGCAGAUUAUCUGUUUGGAAAUCCAUAUCCAUAUGGUGGGAGAAGGGAUGAUGAUUAUGGAGGAGAGUUUUUCUAUGGUUAUGAAAGGCAUUGA